AUGCAGGCCGCUGCAGUAGCGGCGUCCCCUUCGCCGAUGGAAGAGGAGAAGAAGGAGGAGGAGGAGAAAGGAGAGGAGAAAGGAGAGAUGAAGGUAUUGGAGGUGAAGGUGGAGCAAGGGUCGGAAGACAAGGGUAAGGAGGCUGAAACCGCCGCUGAAACCGCCGCCCUCAAGAUGCUCGAGUUUUACUUCGGGGACUCCAACUUCGGGUGGGACCGCUUCAUGCAGAACAAGGCGGGCAAGAUGGGCGAGAACUUGAUGGACAUUUCUGUCCUCAUGACGUUUAACAAGCUCAAGAACAUCGUGAAGAAGGCCGACCUUUCCCCGGAGGAGGGCCAAGCCUUGAUUGCGAGGAUGGGCGAGGCGUCGCCGUCUCUUCGCGUGAGCGAGGACAAGAAGCAGAUCGGGCGUGCUGCGGCCAUGACGGAGGAGGCCGGGAAGGAGCGCAUCGCCCGCACCGUGCAGACCAAGGGAUAUCCCAAGGAGUCGUCGAUCAAGAUCGAGGAUGUGGAGAAACUCUUCUCCGACGCUGGGAAGGCCAACUACGUCAAGAUCUGCAAGGCCGGAGGCAACAAGCUCAGGACCAGCACUAAUCACCUCUGCUGUACUUGGAUUCGAGGCCAGAGAGAAAGAUGUGGCGGAAACGAAAGGGGACGCACGUGA